AUGUCCAAACAUGAGAGCAUUAACAAUGUGCAAAAAGUUUCAACCAACCUGAUGGGUGCGGAUACACCUUCACCCACAUCCUCACCAGCAGCAGCAAUAUCAGCACCAGCACCCUCACCGGCAGGCUCAACCACAACAGCAGGCGCCUCAUGCACCUCAACCUCACCCACAUCCUCACCAGCACCCUCACAGGCAGGCUCAACCACAAAAGGCGCCUCAGGCGCCUCAGCCUCACCGGUGGAGGAGGAUGAGGAUCGAAACCUUCGAGGGGAACUUGAGAGUGUCCCGUGGCCUUCUUAUAGUUCUUCCUCUGCGGAAAUACGGAGAAGAAAGAGAGUGUCCCAUGUGCAUCGCCUUUCUUCUCCGUAUUUCCGCAGAGGAAGAACUAUAAGAAGACCACGGGGACACUCUCAAGUUCCCCUCGAAGUUGUCGAUCCUCAUCCUCCUCCAACUGAAGAGGAUGAUGAAGAAUAUGAGUUUGGUGAGGGUGAGGGCUCGCCUACUGUUGAAGGCGAGGCUGCCGGUGAGGGCGAGGCUACCGAUGAGGGCGAGGGUACCGGUGAGGCUGAGGCGCCUGAGGCGCCUGCUGUUGUGGUUGAGCCUGCCUGUGAGGGUGCUGGUGCUGAUAUUGCUGCUGGUGAGGAUGUGGGUGAAAGUGAUGGAAGGGUGCCAAGGGGUGGUCAGUGGCCAAGGGUUGAAAGGGUGCAGAGGAAUCGAAUUCCUGUGCAUCGCCUUUCUUCUCCGUAUUUCCGCAGAGGAAGAACUAUAAGAAGACCACGGGGACACUCUCAAGUUCCCCUCGAAGUUGUCGAUCCUCAUCCUCCUCCACCUGAAGAGGAUGAUGAAGAAUAUGAGUUUGGUGAGGCUACCGGUGAGGCUGAGGCGCCUAUUGUGGUUGAGCCUGCCUGUGAGGGUGCUGGUGCUGAUAUUGCUGCUGGUGAGGAUGUGGGUGAAAGUGAUGGAAGGGUGCCAAGGGGUGGUCAGUGGGCAAGGGUUGAAAGGGUGCAGAGGAAUCGAAUUUAUGUGCAUCGCCUUUCUUCUCCGUAUUUCUGUAGAGGAAGAACUAUAAGAAGACCACGGGGACACUCUCAAGUUCCCCUCGAAGUUGUCGAUCCUCAUCCUCCUCCACCUGAAGAGGAUGAUGAAGAAUAUGAGUUUGGUGAGGCUACCGGUGAGGCUGAGGCGCCUAUUGUGGUUGAGCCUGCCUGUGAGGGUGCUGGUGCUGAUAUUGCUGCUGGUGAGGAUGUGGGUGAAAGUGAUGGAAGGGUGCCAAGGGGUGGUCAGUGGGCAAGGGUUGAAAGGGUGCAGAGGAAUCGAAUUUAUGUGCAUCGCCUUUCUUCUCCGUAUUUCUGUAGAGGAAGAACUAUAAGAAGACCACGGGGACACUCUCAAGUUCCCCUCGAAGUUGUCGAUCCUCAUCCUCCUCCACCUGAAGAGGAUGAUGAAGAAUAUGAGUUUGGUGAGGCUACCGGUGAGGCUGAGGCGCCUAUUGUGGUUGAGCCUGCCUGUGAGGGUGCUGGUGCUGAUAUUGCUGCUGGUGAGGAUGUGGGUGAAAGUGAUGGAAGGGUGCCAAGGGGUGGUCAGUGGGCAAGGGUUGAAAGGGUGCAGAGGAAUCGAAUUUAUGUGCAUCGCCUUUCUUCUCCGUAUUUCUGUAGAGGAAGAACUAUAAGAAGACCACGGGGACACUCUCAAGUUCCCCUCGAAGUUGUCGAUCCUCAUCCUCCUCCACCUGAAGAGGAUGAUGAAGAAUAUGAGUUUGGUGAGGCUACCGGUGAGGCUGAGGCGCCUAUUGUGGUUGAGCCUGCCUGUGAGGGUGCUGGUGCUGAUAUUGCUGCUGGUGAGGAUGUGGGUGAAAGUGAUGGAAGGGUGCCAAGGGGUGGUCAGUGGGCAAGGGUUGAAAGGGUGCAGAGGAAUCGAAUUUAUGUGCAUCGCCUUUCUUCUCCGUAUUUCUGUAGAGGAAGAACUAUAAGAAGACCACGGGGACACUCUCAAGUUCCCCUCGAAGUUGUCGAUCCUCAUCCUCCUCCACCUGAAGAGGAUGAUGAAGAAUAUGAGUUUGGUGAGGCUACCGGUGAGGCUGAGGCGCCUAUUGUGGUUGAGCCUGCCUGUGAGGGUGCUGGUGCUGAUAUUGCUGCUGGUGAGGAUGUGGGUGAAAGUGAUGGAAGGGUGCCAAGGGGUGGUCAGUGGGCAAGGGUUGAAAGGGUGCAGAGGAAUCGAAUUUAUGUGCAUCGCCUUUCUUCUCCGUAUUUCUGUAGAGGAAGAACUAUAAGAAGACCACGGGGACACUCUCAAGUUCCCCUCGAAGUUGUCGAUCCUCAUCCUCCUCCACCUGAAGAGGAUGAUGAAGAAUAUGAGUUUGGUGAGGCUACCGGUGAGGCUGAGGCGCCUAUUGUGGUUGAGCCUGCCUGUGAGGGUGCUGGUGCUGAUAUUGCUGCUGGUGAGGAUGUGGGUGAAAGUGAUGGAAGGGUGCCAAGGGGUGGUCAGUGGGCAAGGGUUGAAAGGGUGCAGAGGAAUCGAAUUUAUGUGCAUCGCCUUUCUUCUCCGUAUUUCUGUAGAGGAAGAACUAUAAGAAGACCACGGGGACACUCUCAAGUUCCCCUCGAAGUUGUCGAUCCUCAUCCUCCUCCACCUGAAGAGGAUGAUGAAGAAUAUGAGUUUGGUGAGGCUACCGGUGAGGCUGAGGCGCCUAUUGUGGUUGAGCCUGCCUGUGAGGGUGCUGGUGCUGAUAUUGCUGCUGGUGAGGAUGUGGGUGAAAGUGAUGGAAGGGUGCCAAGGGGUGGUCAGUGGGCAAGGGUUGAAAGGGUGCAGAGGAAUCGAAUUUAUGUGCAUCGCCUUUCUUCUCCGUAUUUCUGUAGAGGAAGAACUAUAAGAAGACCACGGGGACACUCUCAAGUUCCCCUCGAAGUUGUCGAUCCUCAUCCUCCUCCACCUGAAGAGGAUGAUGAAGAAUAUGAGUUUGGUGAGGCUACCGGUGAGGCUGAGGCGCCUAUUGUGGUUGAGCCUGCCUGUGAGGGUGCUGGUGCUGAUAUUGCUGCUGGUGAGGAUGUGGGUGAAAGUGAUGGAAGGGUGCCAAGGGGUGGUCAGUGGGCAAGGGUUGAAAGGGUGCAGAGGAAUCGAAUUUAUGUGCAUCGCCUUUCUUCUCCGUAUUUCUGUAGAGGAAGAACUAUAAGAAGACCACGGGGACACUCUCAAGUUCCCCUCGAAGUUGUCGAUCCUCAUCCUCCUCCACCUGAAGAGGAUGAUGAAGAAUAUGAGUUUGGUGAGGCUACCGGUGAGGCUGAGGCGCCUAUUGUGGUUGAGCCUGCCUGUGAGGGUGCUGGUGCUGAUAUUGCUGCUGGUGAGGAUGUGGGUGAAAGUGAUGGAAGGGUGCCAAGGGGUGGUCAGUGGGCAAGGGUUGAAAGGGUGCAGAGGAAUCGAAUUUAUGUGCAUCGCCUUUCUUCUCCGUAUUUCUGUAGAGGAAGAACUAUAAGAAGACCACGGGGACACUCUCAAGUUCCCCUCGAAGUUGUCGAUCCUCAUCCUCCUCCACCUGAAGAGGAUGAUGAAGAAUAUGAGUUUGGUGAGGCUACCGGUGAGGCUGAGGCGCCUAUUGUGGUUGAGCCUGCCUGUGAGGGUGCUGGUGCUGAUAUUGCUGCUGGUGAGGAUGUGGGUGAAAGUGAUGGAAGGGUGCCAAGGGGUGGUCAGUGGGCAAGGGUUGAAAGGGUGCAGAGGAAUCGAAUUUAUGUGCAUCGCCUUUCUUCUCCGUAUUUCUGUAGAGGAAGAACUAUAAGAAGACCACGGGGACACUCUCAAGUUCCCCUCGAAGUUGUCGAUCCUCAUCCUCCUCCACCUGAAGAGGAUGAUGAAGAAUAUGAGUUUGGUGAGGCUACCGGUGAGGCUGAGGCGCCUAUUGUGGUUGAGCCUGCCUGUGAGGGUGCUGGUGCUGAUAUUGCUGCUGGUGAGGAUGUGGGUGAAAGUGAUGGAAGGGUGCCAAGGGGUGGUCAGUGGGCAAGGGUUGAAAGGGUGCAGAGGAAUCGAAUUUAUGUGCAUCGCCUUUCUUCUCCGUAUUUCUGUAGAGGAAGAACUAUAAGAAGACCACGGGGACACUCUCAAGUUCCCCUCGAAGUUGUCGAUCCUCAUCCUCCUCCACCUGAAGAGGAUGAUGAAGAAUAUGAGUUUGGUGAGGCUACCGGUGAGGCUGAGGCGCCUAUUGUGGUUGAGCCUGCCUGUGAGGGUGCUGGUGCUGAUAUUGCUGCUGGUGAGGAUGUGGGUGAAAGUGAUGGAAGGGUGCCAAGGGGUGGUCAGUGGGCAAGGGUUGAAAGGGUGCAGAGGAAUCGAAUUUAUGUGCAUCGCCUUUCUUCUCCGUAUUUCUGUAGAGGAAGAACUAUAAGAAGACCACGGGGACACUCUCAAGUUCCCCUCGAAGUUGUCGAUCCUCAUCCUCCUCCACCUGAAGAGGAUGAUGAAGAAUAUGAGUUUGGUGAGGCUACCGGUGAGGCUGAGGCGCCUAUUGUGGUUGAGCCUGCCUGUGAGGGUGCUGGUGCUGAUAUUGCUGCUGGUGAGGAUGUGGGUGAAAGUGAUGGAAGGGUGCCAAGGGGUGGUCAGUGGGCAAGGGUUGAAAGGGUGCAGAGGAAUCGAAUUUAUGUGCAUCGCCUUUCUUCUCCGUAUUUCUGUAGAGGAAGAACUAUAAGAAGACCACGGGGACACUCUCAAGUUCCCCUCGAAGUUGUCGAUCCUCAUCCUCCUCCACCUGAAGAGGAUGAUGAAGAAUAUGAGUUUGGUGAGGCUACCGGUGAGGCUGAGGCGCCUAUUGUGGUUGAGCCUGCCUGUGAGGGUGCUGGUGCUGAUAUUGCUGCUGGUGAGGAUGUGGGUGAAAGUGAUGGAAGGGUGCCAAGGGGUGGUCAGUGGGCAAGGGUUGAAAGGGUGCAGAGGAAUCGAAUUUAUGUGCAUCGCCUUUCUUCUCCGUAUUUCUGUAGAGGAAGAACUAUAAGAAGACCACGGGGACACUCUCAAGUUCCCCUCGAAGUUGUCGAUCCUCAUCCUCCUCCACCUGAAGAGGAUGAUGAAGAAUAUGAGUUUGGUGAGGCUACCGGUGAGGCUGAGGCGCCUAUUGUGGUUGAGCCUGCCUGUGAGGGUGCUGGUGCUGAUAUUGCUGCUGGUGAGGAUGUGGGUGAAAGUGAUGGAAGGGUGCCAAGGGGUGGUCAGUGGGCAAGGGUUGAAAGGGUGCAGAGGAAUCGAAUUUAUGUGCAUCGCCUUUCUUCUCCGUAUUUCUGUAGAGGAAGAACUAUAAGAAGACCACGGGGACACUCUCAAGUUCCCCUCGAAGUUGUCGAUCCUCAUCCUCCUCCACCUGAAGAGGAUGAUGAAGAAUAUGAGUUUGGUGAGGCUACCGGUGAGGCUGAGGCGCCUAUUGUGGUUGAGCCUGCCUGUGAGGGUGCUGGUGCUGAUAUUGCUGCUGGUGAGGAUGUGGGUGAAAGUGAUGGAAGGGUGCCAAGGGGUGGUCAGUGGGCAAGGGUUGAAAGGGUGCAGAGGAAUCGAAUUUAUGUGCAUCGCCUUUCUUCUCCGUAUUUCUGUAGAGGAAGAACUAUAAGAAGACCACGGGGACACUCUCAAGUUCCCCUCGAAGUUGUCGAUCCUCAUCCUCCUCCACCUGAAGAGGAUGAUGAAGAAUAUGAGUUUGGUGAGGCUACCGGUGAGGCUGAGGCGCCUAUUGUGGUUGAGCCUGCCUGUGAGGGUGCUGGUGCUGAUAUUGCUGCUGGUGAGGAUGUGGGUGAAAGUGAUGGAAGGGUGCCAAGGGGUGGUCAGUGGGCAAGGGUUGAAAGGGUGCAGAGGAAUCGAAUUUAUGUGCAUCGCCUUUCUUCUCCGUAUUUCUGUAGAGGAAGAACUAUAAGAAGACCACGGGGACACUCUCAAGUUCCCCUCGAAGUUGUCGAUCCUCAUCCUCCUCCACCUGAAGAGGAUGAUGAAGAAUAUGAGUUUGGUGAGGCUACCGGUGAGGCUGAGGCGCCUAUUGUGGUUGAGCCUGCCUGUGAGGGUGCUGGUGCUGAUAUUGCUGCUGGUGAGGAUGUGGGUGAAAGUGAUGGAAGGGUGCCAAGGGGUGGUCAGUGGGCAAGGGUUGAAAGGGUGCAGAGGAAUCGAAUUUAUGUGCAUCGCCUUUCUUCUCCGUAUUUCUGUAGAGGAAGAACUAUAAGAAGACCACGGGGACACUCUCAAGUUCCCCUCGAAGUUGUCGAUCCUCAUCCUCCUCCACCUGAAGAGGAUGAUGAAGAAUAUGAGUUUGGUGAGGCUACCGGUGAGGCUGAGGCGCCUAUUGUGGUUGAGCCUGCCUGUGAGGGUGCUGGUGCUGAUAUUGCUGCUGGUGAGGAUGUGGGUGAAAGUGAUGGAAGGGUGCCAAGGGGUGGUCAGUGGGCAAGGGUUGAAAGGGUGCAGAGGAAUCGAAUUUAUGUGCAUCGCCUUUCUUCUCCGUAUUUCUGUAGAGGAAGAACUAUAAGAAGACCACGGGGACACUCUCAAGUUCCCCUCGAAGUUGUCGAUCCUCAUCCUCCUCCACCUGAAGAGGAUGAUGAAGAAUAUGAGUUUGGUGAGGCUACCGGUGAGGCUGAGGCGCCUAUUGUGGUUGAGCCUGCCUGUGAGGGUGCUGGUGCUGAUAUUGCUGCUGGUGAGGAUGUGGGUGAAAGUGAUGGAAGGGUGCCAAGGGGUGGUCAGUGGCCAAGGGUUGAAAGGGUGCAGAGGAAUCGAAUUUAUGUGCAUCGCCUUUCUUCUCCGUAUUUCUGUAGAGGAAGAACUAUAAGAAGACCACGGGGACACUCUCAAGUUCCCCUCGAAGUUGUCGAUCCUCAUCCUCCUCCACCUGAAGAGGAUGAUGAAGAAUAUGAGUUUGGUGAGGCUACCGGUGAGGCUGAGGCGCCUAUUGUGGUUGAGCCUGCCUGUGAGGGUGCUGGUGCUGAUAUUGCUGCUGGUGAGGAUGUGGGUGAAAGUGAUGGAAGGGUGCCAAGGGGUGGUCAGUGGCCAAGGGUUGAAAGGGUGCAGAGGAAUCGAAUUUAUGUGCAUCGCCUUUCUUCUCCGUAUUUCUGUAGAGGAAGAACUAUAAGAAGACCACGGGGACACUCUCAAGUUCCCCUCGAAGUUGUCGAUCCUCAUCCUCCUCCACCUGAAGAGGAUGAUGAAGAAUAUGAGUUUGGUGAGGCUACUGGUGAGGCUGAGGCGCCUAUUGUGGUUGAGCCUGCCUGUGAGGGUGCUGGUGCUGAUAUUGCUGCUGGUGAGGAUGUGGGUGAGGCUGAGGCGCAUGAGGCGCGUGCUGUUGUGGUUGAGCCUGCCGGUGAAGGUACUGGUGCUGAUAUUGCUGCUGCUGGUGAGGAUGUGGGUGAAGGUGCUGGAAGUGUGACAAGGAAUCGAAUUCCUGUGCAUCGCCUUUCUUCUCCGUAUUUCCGCAGAGGAAGAACUAUAAGAAGACCACAGGGACACUCUCAAGUUCCCCUCGAAGUUGUCGAUCCUUAUCCUCCUCCACCUGAAGAGGAUGAUGAAGAAUAUGAAUUUGGUGAGGCUACCGGUGAGGCCGAGGCGCCUAUUGUGGUUGAGCCUGCCUGUGAGGGUGCUGGUGCUGAUAUUGCUGCUUGGUGAGGAUGUGGGUGAGGCUGA